GUGAGUCGGAGGUUCGCGCGGAAACCGAAAACCAGGAAAUGGCUGAAAGUUUCCACAAAUCCAAACUGCGGCGUCAGUUCAAGGUUCCCGCCGCGGAGCCGCGGAGACAAGCGUCCUCCCCGGUAGCCGCGACGCCGGUGUCCCGCAACGACGCCGCACAGCCCCGUGGGUGUGUGCUUCCAGCAGGAUCAGCGUGGUGGAACAAACAGCGACCCCCUGCUGCCGAGAGCCUGUGGGCGUUCGCUCUGAAGUCUGCGCUGCCGUACCUGGAGAACCGGCUCUGGGACCCGGUUCCUGAUCUCCCCCAUCCACCGGCUCGGAAACCGACGGCACUAACUUUAGAUGACGAGCGGUGGGGUGAGCUCUGCAGCGAGGUGGCUCCCCUCCCACAGACAUCUCCAGCCCUCCCACCGUCCCCAGCGACUCCAGCCAGCCCUGACCCUCCCAGCCCUCGGGAGUCCAGCGGGCAAGACCUGGGAGUCCAGCACAGGCCUGCCCCAAACCCCCCCGACAGAUGCCCGUCACCUCACGGCGAGCAGAGCGCUGGUCCGAGGGGAUGCUCUCCUCCACCGCAGCCGUUCCCGUGCAGGAGGGAGGAGGCUGCAUCAACGCCAUCUGAAGGACGGUUGAGUGUCGGAGGAAGACAGAAGGACGAUACCAGAGCCGGGAGCAGGCCCACUUGUACACAGCGAUGGGCGGUUUCUGGGAGCUCAGGUCCUCCUGGAGAGGAGGAAGAGGUGCAGAAGAGCGUUGCAGCAGGAGGAGGAGGGCUGAGGAGCUGCCCCAUGUGUCUGCUGCAGUUCCCUGAUGGGUUCUCCCAGAUGGACUGCGACAGCCACCUGGCUCAGUGUCUGUCGGAAAUGAACGUGGACAUGACCUGGUGAGCCUGCAGUCCGGGAUCCAGGAUCAGAUGGGGGGUUGCAGUCAAAGUGCGGCUCUGCAAAGACCCCCACUGCAUUACGUUCAGGCUGAAACCUGCAGGAAGGGCUUGAGGGCGACCCGACCCGGGAUGGGAGACGGUAGGAUCUUCAUGUCCCAGCAAACCCACAGGACUUGACACCAAAAGUUUGACACUUGGCUCUCUGUGUUUGCCAGUCUUCCAGAUCCCUGAACAAACUCUCCAGCCCUCCUGGUGGUGUCGUGGUAAAAAUGUAUAUUUCGGUAGUAGUACUACUAACAUUAGUAGUAUCAAUGUUAGUACUAGUACUGCUAGAGACUGUGCAGGUAGCAGAAACACCUGCGUCGGCAGGUUCACGUCCAC